AAACGGGAAGGACAUUUUUGAAAAUCCGAAGCUGAGCCUGAGCCGCACCUUGAUUCAUAUAAUUGGUAACAUGUCAGCAUGUGCAUGGAUUUUAAGUCCAGGUAGUGACAUUUUAGUUACGUUUACCCAUUAAAAGAAAAAAAAAAACAAAUUAUCCAGAUCCAUGUAUUAAGAGCUGUAAUUUAAUUUGUAGUAUAAGUGAAGACAUUUAAAUUGGUGCAAUUAAUUUGUUUUAGAGGUGUAAGUUGUAUGAAGAGUGAAAUGAAUGUUAAUCCAUGGCCAUGAAUGAAGCAACCUACUUUCCUCAAACAUACAACAAAUUCCUCACACUACACCACUUCUGCACUUAACACAUGAAGAAUAGGAAUAGCAGCUGCCUCCUCCUCACACUCUUCCUAAUCCUCCCCAUCAUCGUCGCUACAGCCGCAGUCGUAGUCGGCGGUGGCAUUGGCGUCGGCGGCGGCGGAGGUGUGUGGAUUGGCGGCGGAAUCAACCCUCCGACCUCCUCCUCCUCCGCUGCCUCAAAGCUCAGCGUCGCCUACGCCGCCCUGCAGGCCUGGAAAGCCGCCAUUACAGAUGACCCCCUCAAGAUCACGAGCUCGUGGAACGGCCCCAAUGUCUGCUCCUACAAAGGCGUCUUCUGCUCCGAUUCCGUCGAUUUCAUGGGCAAUUCCGCUGGCCAAGUGGUGGCGGCGAUCGAUCUCAACCACGCCAAUUUGCAAGGCACGCUGGUGAAAGAGCUCUCUCUCCUCGCCGAUCUCUCCCUCCUCCACCUCAACAGCAACCGCUUCAGCGGCAGCGUGCCGCCGUCGUUCAGAGACCUCGCCUCGCUCACCGAAUUAGACCUCAGCAACAACCGCUUCUCCGGCGCCUUCCCCGCCGCGGUUCUCUACAUUCCAGAUCUCAUCUAUCUAGAUCUCAGGUUCAACAGCUUCUCCGGUCCGAUUCCGGAAGACCUAUUCGAGAAGAAACUCGACGCCAUCUUCCUCAACAACAACCUCUUCUCCGGCGAGCUGCCACAGAAUCUAGGCAAUUCUCCGGCAUCUGUGAUAAAUCUGGCCUACAACAAGCUGAGCGGCGCGAUCCCCUUCAGCUUGGGCUACAUGGGGAUCAAGGAGAUCCUGUUCCUCAACAACCGCCUGACCGGCUGCAUUCCCGAAGGCGUGGGGAUGUGGUCGGAUCUUCAGGUUUUGGAUGUGAGCUCGAAUUCACUGAUGGGGCAUUUGCCGGAUUCUCUCUCGUGUUUAAACAAUAUCGAGGUUCUCAAUUUGGCGCGCAACCAGCUCUCCGGCGAGCUGCCGGAUUUACUCUGCUCGCUGCGGAGUUUGGUUAAUUUGACGGUUGCGGCGAAUUUUUUCUCCGGCCUCAGCCAGGAUUGUGACAGGACCGCCGGCUUCGGGUUCGAUUUCUCGUUCAACUGCAUCCCCGGGAGGGAGCUGCAGCGGCCGCAGCCGGAUUGCACGGCGGUUCCGGGAGGCAGCCUCAGCUGCCUUAGAAUCCCUGCGGCGGGGCCUCUUGUUUGUGGGGGCUUGGUGGGGGCGGAGCUCACCGCGAAUCAGCCCCCAUGAAGCAGGGGCUGGGGUGGGCUGGGGGGUUAGGGUUACAGUUAUGGCCAAUAUUUUCCAACAGAACAGGCUGUCCCUCAUUAACUGAAUAGUCCUAUUUAAUUUUAUUUAAUUUUUCCACAAAAGUUCUGUUUGGAUGGGACAUGUGGGGGAUUAAUUGAAGUGAACAAAGAUUUUUAAUUUGUUUAUGCAUUUUUUGGUAUCAAGUGAAGACAUUCUCGUUUAUAUAAAUUUAAUAUGCUUGUGUGUGGAUAA